AAUUAUGGGACAGAGGAGUACUAAUAACUAAUAAAUAUAUCUAAUUCAAGAAGCAGUACGAGUAAAUAGGGAAAGGAGAACUUCAUUUGCAUCAACAUAUCCUCAAACCUUUCCACCCCAGACAAAAAAAAAAAAAAAGAUCGGGGUUUCACAUUCAGAAUUCAGAUGGCUUCCAACGAUCACCACAACCACCGCCACCAUGUUGUAUUGUUCCCGUUCAUGUCCAAAGGCCACACAAUACCAGUUCUCCACCUGGCUCGCCUUCUAGUCCGUCGCAACGCCACCGUAACCCUCUUCACUACCCCAGCCAACCAAUCUUUCAUCUCAGAUUAUCUCUCUGAUUUGACCACCACCAGAACUUUCUCAAUCCUGUCCCUCCCUUUCCCAGAAAACAUCGGUGACGGAGUACCCCCGGGAACCGAGAGCACCGAUAAGCUCCCGGAGAUAUCCCUCUGGGUCCCUUUCGCCAGGUCCACUCAUCUCAUGAAACCUCAUUUCGAACAAUCCCUGGAGUCUCUCCCUGGACCGCCGGUGACGUUUAUGGUGACGGAUGGAUUUCUUCCCUGGACCUUAGACUCCGCCAACAAAUACCGCGGCGGUAUCCCCAGACUUGUUUAUUACGGAAUGGGCAACUUCGCUAACGCAGUUAGCCGUGACGUAAGCGAGGGUGGAUACAUUCACCGGUUCGACUCGGACGAUGAACUGUUUCCGGUUCCUCACUUCCCUUGGGUUAAGGUCACCCGGAAUGAUUUCGACCAACCUUUCACGGACCGCAAACCCAGCGGUCUACAUUUCGAGUUUAUCAUGGACUGCGUAGUGUCAGCCGUGAACAGCUUCGGUCAAAUAGUCAACAGCUUCUACGAACUCGAACCGGCUUACGCAGAUUUCGACCCGAGAACAUGGUCGGUUGGCCCACUUUGUCUAAUAGAGCAUCCAAGGGGCGGAGAAUCCGGGAGAAAAACUCCCCCGUGGAUGGAAUGGCUGGACGGAAUGCUUGAGAAGGGAAAGCCGGUUCUGUACGUGGCGUUUGGAUCACAGGCGGAGAUAUCCCGGGAACAAUUCCGUGAGAUUAAAACUGGGUUGGAGAAAUCGGAAGCGAAUUUCUUGUGGGUUGUGAGGAAAAACGAGACAGAGCUAGACGAUGGUUUCGAAGUUGGAAGCCGUGGAAUUGUGGUGAGAGAAUGGGUUGACCAGAGGGAGAUCCUGGGGCAUCAGAGCGUUCAGGGGUUUUUAAGUCAUUGCGGGUGGAAUUCUGUGUUGGAGAGUAUUUGUGCAAGAGUUCCGAUUCUGGCGUGGCCCAUGAUGGCGGAGCAGCCGUUGAAUGCCAGGUUUGUGGCGGAGGAGAUUAAGGUGGGGAUCCGGGUUCAGACAUCCAACGGCUCGGUGAGGGGUUUCGUGACGGCGGAGGGUUUGGAGAAGAGCGUCAAAGAGCUGAUGGAGGGAGAAACAGGGAAGGAGGCGAGGAAGAAGGUCAAGGAAUUUGGGGAUGCGGCCAUGGAAGCCGUACAAGAAGGUGGGUCGUCAUGGAAGGCGCUGGAUGACCUGCUCACUCUGUUGCAUGGCUCAGAAACACACUCGCGAUGAUGUUUGACUCUGUCAACCAAGUGGAACGAAAAGAAAAUAAAAUACACGCGGUGAUAUUUCACAUUAUUAUUUUCAUCAUUUUGAGGAUAAAUAAUCUCUUUUUUCUUUUUUAAUACUACUACUUUUUAGUUUUUAUCUAUAGUUUAAGAGGUUUAAAAUUUCAGCCAGUUGGUUGGUUUUUUUGGUUUUUGAUACAGAUUGAUUGCGAAGAUAAAUUAUACAAUAUGAAAUUUGACUGAUCGAUCUAUCUUAUUUUGUUUUGGGUAGAAGA